ACCAAGCCUACUUUCAGGACCAGACAGGAGCUUCAAUCGUUGCAACGCAUUCGCUGCACACGGAGGCGCAACAGCACGCCCGCAUGAUCGGACCGCGACAGGCUGCCAUGGGUAGCUGGUGUGCGCCCGCUGCCGAAAAUGUCGUCGACCAAGAAAAUUGCUGAGUUUCCUGAUGUCGAAGCGAAACUCCAAAAGCCGAGCCGACAGUCAGCAUUCGAGAAGCAAAAAGCAGAGGCAGAGGCGAAGCGUCGACGAGAGGCCGAGGAGACCGCCGCAGUUUACGAGGACUUCGUUAAGAGCUUUGCCCAUGAUGAAGACGACGACUCAAAUUCCGGAGCACGGCAUUCCUCCUCGAGAUUCGGCCGCGGAGCGCCCGAGAGACCACCUUUUGGCGCCAGCGCCCCGUUCGGAGGAGGCACGGGCAAGAGGCACUUCGGCGUCCCCUCUAGUUCUUCGCUGAGGAGUGGCCCCGGCACUCUGGGUCCUCCGCCAUCCUCAUUCACGAAGAAAAAGUCAUAUGGGGGAUCCCAGCGGGACUCGGACGAGGGCCGCGGCAGGCCGGGGCUCCAAGACAAAGACAAAGACAGGGAGUCGACCACGCUCCCAGUGUCCAAGGCUUUUGAUGCUAGCGACGAUGAGGAAGACGCCGCGACAGGCGAUCGAGCCGAAGAAAAGGCUGCAUCGAAACCGACUCUGCGUCUGGCUAACUUACCGCCCGGGACCUCGCCUGCCGUGAUCAAGGCCCUCAUCCCAGCAAGCCUGACAGUCGAGAACGUUAAGAUCGUGCCGCCUUCCGGCCCUAGCGGAACCGAGCGGAAGUCUAUUGCCGCCAUCGUCACCUUGUCUAAGGAGACCCCGGCAACCGAGAUUGAUAAUGCUGUGAGCGCGUUGCAAAACCGCUACCUUGGGUUUGGUUACUUCCUGACUCUGCAUCGACACCUCUCCUCUGCCGCCAUCUCCUCUGGCCUGACGGCGCUAUCUUCGUCAACAACCGUCUCCUACCCCUUUGGCGCGAAGAGGGUAGAGGAGGGCCCGCACAGGCCUGCCCACCAAUCGAUGGGCCACGGCCGGGCAUACGCACCUCCAUCAUCAUAUGGUCCUCCCAUGGGCGGUCCUCUCAACAGGUCCGGAAUCCUCCACGUCCCAGUCCGCGCGCCACGAGACAUCAAGCAGCUACGCAUGAUCCACAAGGUCAUAGAGUCCGUUCUGGAACACGGUCCCGAGUUUGAAGCUCUCCUCAUGUCCCGCCCAGAUGUCCAGCGAGACGAGAAAUGGGCAUGGAUAUGGGAUGCUCGCAGCGAGGGUGGCAUCUGGUAUCGCUGGAAGUUGUGGGAGGUUGUGACUGGUGGACAAUCGGCCAGAGGCAAGCUGGAGUACAUCCCUCUCUUUGAGGACAGCCAUGCGUGGAAGAAGCCCAAACGGCGGCUACCGUACGAAUACGCUACAGAUAUCGACGAGUUUGUCUCCGACUCGGACUACGACUCCUCGGAAGACGACGAGUUUGAGGACGAGCAGGCUCGGCAAGGCGACGGCGCGGAUCAAGAAGACACGUUCCUUACUCCAAUCGACAAAGCCAAGCUGGCACAUCUACUAGGCCGACUACCGACGACACUGUCCAAGGUUCGAAAAGGGGAUAUUGCCAGAGUUGCGGCGUUUGCCAUUACACAUGCCAGCCGCGGUGCUGACGAAAUCGUGGACAUGAUCGUCUCGAACGUUGAGCAUCCUUUCGCGUACACGGCAGCAAAUCCGGAUUACAAGCAAAGGAUGAAGGAGAGAGAUAGCAAAGAGGAGGGAUCCCGGGACACGUCGGCGGCGCCAGAGGAUAAAACCAUGUCCGAUGCGCCCGACAUGAGUGCAGCUCGGCUGCUGGGGCUCUACGUCAUCAGCGAUAUCCUCUCCUCUUCCUCCACCAGUGGUAUCCGCCAUGCCUGGCGCUAUCGGCAGCUGUUCGAGGCUGCACUCCGACGACGCAAAAUCUUUGAAAUGCUAGGCUCAAUGGCGGAAAAGCUGAACUGGGGCCGCCUGCGCGCCGAGAAGUGGAAACGCAGCAUCGGGCUCGUUCUUAAUCUCUGGGAGGGCUGGUGUGUUUUCCCGGUAGAGUCGCACGAGGCUUUUGUCAGCAGUUUCGAAAACCCCCCUGCCUUGAAAAAGGAGGCCGACGGAGCCGAUACAGAGCGCAAGGCUGGCCGGUGGAAGACGGUAGAGGGUGCAUCCGCAGAUGGAAGCAGCGGGGGCGGCUUCUUGCCAGUGUCGACAAAACCGGCCGCGGACCAGGAGCCGGCGGACGAUUACGCCGAGGACAUCCUGUACAUGGAAGAGGGCGACGAAGGGUUGGAUUCUGUCCGCCUACAGUACUCGGCCUCCCUGGACGACGCCUUCUCCGAUCUUGAUCUCGACGGCGAGCCAGACGACACCUCGGGGGCUGCAUCUGGGGACGGGGAUGUCACGAUGGAGAACUCGACGGAAACACCGGCACCAAUGUCAACGAAGCAGGAGGGCAUAUCCAUCGGCGGUCUUCAGUUUUCGGCCUCGAACCCGGCCCCCGGCAAGAAGCGAAUGCGUGCUAUGGACAUGUUUGCCGAUCCCGACUCGGACGGUGUGACUUAGGACGGCCCGCGGAGUUAAAACCCCAGCUGCCCAACAGUGCCGCUCGGCGUUGACCGUCGAACCGGCUACCUUUCCGAGUCUAGGAAGCAAGUAUGAGGGGAGGGAAUGAGUUCGCAAUGUCACCCACCCCUCAAUCAGAAUGCCAUGCCGAGGAGCUGCAUGGUUACCAGGACUUGG